UCUUAUAAAUGCAGCUCGAUCCAGCUUCUCUGUGACUGAUACCUUUGGGACAUGAGGUGGAUACUGUUUUUGGGAGCCCUUAUUGGGUCAGGCAUCUGCAGCCAACAAACAUUUCGUGGGGACCAAGUUUUUAGGGUUAAUGUCAGAAAUGGAGACGAGAUCAGCAAACUGACUCAGCUAAUGAAUUUGGACAAUUUUAAGCUCAAUUUCUGGAAGUCUCCUUCCUCCUUCAGUCGGCCUGUGGAUGUCCUGGUCCCAUCUGUCAGUCUGCAGUCAGUCAAAUCCUUCUUGAAGACCCAGGGCUUGGAGUACUCAGUGACAAUUGAUGACCUGCAGGACCUUUUAGAUAUUGAAGAUGAAGAAAUGCAACUCAAUGAAGGGCAAGAGCGGAGCGAUAAUAACUUCAACUAUGGGGCAUACCAUUCUCUGGAAGCUAUUUACCAUGAGAUGGACAGCAUUGCCACCGAUUUUCCUAAACUGGCAAGUAGAGUGAAGAUUGGACAGACGUUUGAAAAGCGGCCGAUGUAUGUACUGAAGUUCAGCAUGGGAGGAGGCAAACGGAGGCCGGCCAUUUGGCUGAACGCAGGCAUUCAUUCCCGAGAGUGGAUCUCGCAAGCCACUGCCAUCUGGACAGCAAGGAAGAUUGUAUCUGAGUAUGGGAAAGACCCAGCUGUAACCUCUAUCUUGAAGAAAGUGGAUAUUUUCUUGUUGCCUGUGGCCAAUCCUGAUGGAUAUGUGUACACGCAAACCAAAAACCGGUUAUGGAGGAAGACACGGUCCCUGAAUCCUGGAAGCCACUGCAUUGGCACUGAUCCAAACAGAAACUGGAAUGUGAGUUUUGCAGGAAAAGGAACCAGUGAUAACCCUUGCUCUGAAGUGUACCAUGGCUCGCGUGCCAAUUCUGAAGUAGAGGUGAAAUCGGUAGUAGAUUUCAUUGAAAAACAUGGGAAUUUCAAGAGCUUCAUUGACCUGCAUAGCUACUCACAGUUGCUGAUGUAUCCCUAUGGGUACACAGUCAAGAAGGCCCCAGAUGGCAAGGAGCUGGAUGAGGUGGCAAAACGUGCAGCCAAAGCCCUGGCUUCCCUGUCAGGUACAGAAUACGAAGUGGGCCCGACAUGCACCACCGUCUAUCCCGCAAGUGGGAGCAGCAUUGACUGGGCAUAUGACAACGGCAUAAAGUAUGCAUUCACAUUUGAGUUGAGAGAUACAGGGCAUUACGGCUUCCUUCUGCCUGCCAGCCAGAUCAUCCCUACUGCGGAGGAGACCUGGUUGGGCCUGAAGACCAUCAUGGAGCAUGUGCGGGACAAUCUUUACUAAUGAGGGGGCCCUUCUGUCUAUGUGGAUAUGUAUCCUUGUGCACACUCACUGAGGCUACUAUUAAAGGAGCUCAUUCCUUCAUGCUUGAGCCAGACUCUCUAGGUUAGAGUGCAUGGUUGGGCCGUUCCCUGGAGUUCCCUGUGAGGAACGCUUCCCCAGCCUGCCCUGUUUGGUCCUGUUGCUUUGCUGAGCCUUUGGUAUACCCCUCCUUCCACACAGCUGGUUGGGAAGACCAUAGUCAGGGUCAUCCCUUCCUGGAUGACAUAGCUCUACCUCAUUUUUAGAACCAAAGAGUACUUCUGAUGGUUCUGUACCCUCCUCCACAUGUAGCCAGGUAGGCUCUUGUGGGGCCCACAGAAAGCACUGUAUGAGACAAUAUUUAUCUUUAGUUGGGUCACAAAGAUGACACAGACAGAGCUUCCUUUAAUUUAUUUCACUCUUUCUGGACUUCAUUUUUCUUUUUCUUUCUUGAGAUGAGGGUCUCACUCUGUUGCCCAGAUUGGUUUUGAACUCUUGGGCUCGAGUGAUCCUCCCAUCUUGUCUCUUGAGUAGCUGGGAAUAUAAGUAGUGCACCAUGGCACGAAGCUCAGGGACAUAUUUUUCUUUGAGCAACAAAUCCUGUAGGGUCGUCAGUGUGGGUCACAUUCAUCCCCCUUCUUUUUUGGCCUGAGUACAAAGUAGAAGCUCUCUGCCCACCACUAAGCUAAAGAAUUUCCAGAUACUACAGUUCUUAUCUUUUUCUUCUCUUUUAUAUCCAGUAUAGCUGGGUUCUCAGAAGGAGAUUAGUGUCACUGUAGUUGCUGCUCCCCCGAGAUCACAGAGGAAGUGGCAGGCUAUGUAGCAGGAUUGCACAAUUGUCCCCAUCUGUCCGAACAGGCUCAUCUCCACUUUGCCUUUUGAACUCACUUUGAAGAUCUUGCCCUCACCCCAUAGACCCUAAAUCUUCCUCUGGUCUGAAUAAUCUCACGGCCUUGGCACAUUCCUGUUUGCUUCUUCUUCUUCUUCUUCUUUUUUUUUUUUUGCCUUUAAAGUUACCUUCCUCUAUUGUGCGUCCUGGACCCUGAGUACCUACAUGGAACACAAAUUCAUCAGUCACACACCUCUUCCACUAUUUCUCCUCAGCACCUACCAUCUGUCCUUUUUUCUUUUUCAUGCAUGUCUGUAAAUCUUAACCUUCUGCCUAGGAUUUGUGCAGCAUCUGGUGUGUGCUUAUAAGCCAAUAAAUAUUCAGUACAAGU